GGAAAGGGUUGGACCAAUCAGAGAGCGGCAAGUCGGCCGGAAGCGGCUGCGAAGGCGGUCAAUAUUUGGCGCUGAAGUUUGCUGCGUUCGAGAGCAAAGAAGAAAAGAGCAGUAGCAGCACGACCCAAAAACGACAACACGCAACUUUUUCUAAAACGACCCUCACAAAAAGGUUUGGAGAUGCCGAGCACUCGCUCGCAGGCUCACGCUCAGCCCACCCUGUCCUUCCCCAGACGCAAAUCCGCCAGGGUGCUGCCCAAGUCCAAAACAAACCCGCCUGAGCCCACCAAAGCCCAUGGGAAGAAGACGACGCCCGCCGCGCUGUCGCCCCGACGACCGGAUGCCAUUCACGCCCCGCCGACCCAGCUUUCUGUCUCACCGGGCACCCCGGUGAGGCUUCCCCUUAGCCCGCGGAAACGCACAAGUGAUGACAAUGCUGUCAACGUGGACACCGCCCUGCUGGCGUCGCCUCCCAAGCAGAGCAAAGCGUCCACGCGGGUGUCGCAGUCUUCUCAGCGACGUUUAAUCUUCGACGAAAACGCCACCGUCCCGGGUCAACGCAAGCCGACGCCGUCCUCUCCCGUCGCGGCCUCGACGCCGAGGCGCCUGGAGUUGGUCUCCGGUAGCCCGGCGAGGCCGAGCCCUGACAAGAAAGCGGCGGCGGCUGAGGCGUGUCGGCUCUUCGCUGAAAAGCAGGGCCUGGCGAGCGUGAAGCAGGCGCUGCACACGGCGGCGCCCGAGCGCCUCCUCUCCCGAGAAGCGGAGUGCGCCUCCAUCCGGAGCUUCCUGGACAAGACGGCCGUGCGGCGGCUACCCGGCAGCCUUUACGUCUCCGGAGCGCCCGGGACAGGGAAGACGGCCUGUCUCAACUGGGUCCUGCGCGACAUGAAGGAGGAGUUGUCGGAGGUGCAGACGUUGCUGGUGAACUGCAUGAACCUGCGCAGCUCGCACGCCAUUUUCCCACUUUUGGCAAACAAGCUGAGCGUGUCUGCCGGCCCCAAAGGUCUGCAGAAACACCUGACCGGACCUGGACCGGCUGUCUUGUUGGUUCUGGACGAGUUGGACCAGCUGGACAGCAAAAGCCAAGACGUCCUGUACACCAUUUUCGAGUGGCCACACCUGCCCAAAUCCAGACUCUGUCUUGUCGGAAUCGCCAACGCCUUGGACCUAACGGACCGCAUCCUACCCCGCCUUCAGGCUAGGCCUGGCUGUCGCCCCCUGCUGCUCAAUUUCCCGCCGUACAGCCGAGAACAGCUCAGCGCCAUCGUGCAAGACCGACUCGCGCAGGCAUGCACGGAGGGCGUGUUGGAUGCAGCAGCGGUUCAGUUUUGUGCCCGUAAAGUCUCGUCGGUGUCGGGAGACGCCAGGAAGGCGUUGGACAUCUGCAGGCGGGCGGUCGAGAUCGUCGAGUCCGAACACAGGAAGAAGGCGGAUCAGCGUGCUGCCGCAGACUCGUCGAGCGUGUCGGCCGGCGUUCCCCAGGUGGCGCGGGUCCUGUCCGAGGUGUACGGCGACCGCAUGGCAUCGUGCACCGACGAAAGUUUCCCGCUGCAGCAGAAACUUCUGGUGUGCUGCCUGCUGAUGUUGGUGCGGGCCGGCAAGAGCAAGGAGGUCCCGCUCGGCAAGCUCCACGAGGUCCACAGCCGACUAGCCGCUCGACGCCAGGUGGGCGGGAUCAGCCAGUCGGAGUGUUUGUCGCUUUGCUCGCUGCUGGAGAGUCGCGGUGUCUUCGCUCUCAAGAAGGCCAAAGAAGCUCGACUCACCAAGGUGUUCCUGAAGCUCGACGAGAAGGCGGUUGAAAACGCUCUGAAGGAUCGCACGCUAGUCGGAAGCAUCCUGGCGGCGGGGCUCCAGUGAACUUAGCCGCUGUCAAUUCGUUUUUAUGGAAUUUUUUUGUUAUUCUCAUUUUUGCUGAGAACUUUGGACAGUUUUUAAAAGUCUGAGAGUUUGUUGUUGUCAAUAAACCAAGUGACACUUUUGAAAAAAAAUUCAUAUUUAUUUUGACCUUUCUAAAAA